AUGGCAAAACCUUUAGAUCACAUCAAAAGACCCAUGAACGCUUUCAUGGUGUGGUCCAGAGGCCAGAGGAGGAAGAUGGCCCAGGAGAACCCAAAGAUGCACAACUCUGAAAUCAGCAAGAGACUCGGCGCGGAGUGGAAGCUGCUGUCCGACUCUGAGAAGCGUCCGUACAUCGACGAGGCCAAGAGGCUGCGGGCUCAGCACAUGAAGGAGCACCCGGACUACAAGUACAGACCCCGGCGCAAACCCAAGAGUCUCCUGAAGAGGGACCGCUUCGUGUUCCCGCUGCCGUCUCUACUCGGGGACUCUGAGCAUUUGAAGGGAUUUUCCAUGGACUCCUUCCUCGUCCCCGGGGAUAAAGCCCGAGCUUUCCUCGCUCCCGUCUCCUCCUCCCCCUCUUCCUUCUCGCUGUUGGAGCCGGUGGCGCAGUUCAGCACCGGAGCUGUCCAGCGGAUGGCGGAGAUCCCGCACGCUCUGGCCGCCGGCGCUCUGCCCUACAGCGCGCACACGUUCGGGUACCAGACCGGAGGGAUCGGGGGGCUGGCAUGCCACGGACAGCACACCCACACCCACCCGUCUCCCUCCGGCCCCGGGUACGUGGUGCCGUGUAACUGUAGCGCCUGGUCAGCUGCCAGUCUACAGCCUCAGGUAGCUUAUAUCCUCUUCCCUGGAGGGAUGAGCAAGAGCGGCGUGGACUCGUACACUUCACCCAGCUCAAGUGUGUGACACGCUGGACACACUGAGAAAAAGUUUGCGCACAGGACCUCCCCAAAAAGAACUGGGCUCAGUACACGUUUUAUUCUACACAUAUCAUAGAAAAACUAAAUACAGUCAUGGGAAAAAAAUAUUAGACCAUUGUUUUCUACAAUUUCUUGUUAAUUUUAAUGCCUGGUACAUAUAAAGGUA